CCGAGCCAUAAAGGUCCCCAGCAGGACCCAAGCUGGCAGAACCUUGCAUUAAUUUGCAGAGCAGUUUGGGCCGAGCUCGCGCCUCUCCCAGGCUGGAAGCUGGAAAAAAGUCCCUUUGAGCCUGCUGCCCCAGGGAUUCCCAGUGUGGAGGAGCUGCUGCUGGUGGGGCCAUGAGGACAGCAUCCCCCUGAAUGCUGGGCGAUGAGCCCGCAGGGGCAUCCCUGCAAGAUGCCGAGGCUAUGGGGUGGGUGCUGAAAUAAUGAAGGGCUACCAUGGGGAGCGUAGCCAGACACAGCCCUCCUCCGGCCACCGCUGCCGCUGCAUCCCAGAGAACUGCGAGCAUCCCGCCGACUACAUCCCGCACGGCCCCGAGGGCCGGCCGCCGUACCUGCUCAGCCCCAGUGAGCCGUGUUCCCUGGAGCAUCCCUACUGCCCGGCGCGGAGCCCUGGUGCGGCCAGCGAGUGCCCGGGCGGGCCCCUGAGCGAGCCGCCCUCUGCCAGCGCCAGCAGCACCUUCCCGAGGAUGCAUCACGCGCAGCAGCCCUACGACUCCUGCGACGAAUGCAUGGCGACCGCCCACCCUGCCAGCAAGAUCAACCGCCUGCCCCCCACGCUGCUGGACCAGUUCGAGAAGCAGCUGCCGCUGCACCACGACGGCUUCCACACGCUGCAGUACCCCCGGGCUGGCGGCGCCGAGCCCCGAAGUGAGAGCCCCAGCCGCAUCCGCCACCUCGUCCACUCCGUCCAGAAGCUCUUUGCCAAGUCCCACUCCUUGGAGGCGCCGGCCAAGCGGGACUACAACGGCGCCAAGAUGGACGGCCGCGGGGACGGCUACCACCACCACCACCACCACCACCACCAUCACCACCACCACCACCAGUCCCGCCAUGGCAAGCGUAGCAAGAGCAAGGACCGUAAGGUGGACUCCCGGCACCGGUCCAAGAUGUUGGGCUGGUGGAGCUCCGACGACAACCUGGACAGCGACAGCAGCUACAUGGUGUCCGGCCGGCACGCCACCGACCAGGGCACCCAGUACUGCGUGGACGCUCCCGAAAGUGCCUUCAGAGACUUGACCUUGAAGAGUCUAAAGGGCGGUGGGGAAGGAAAAUGCCUGGCCUGUGCCGGCAUGUCCAUGUCUCUGGAUGGCCAGACGCUCAAGAGGAGUGCCUGGCACACCAUGACCGUCAGCCAGGCCCGUGAAGCCUAUCCCAGCGCUGGUGGCACCGAGAAGACCUUGAUGCUUCAGGAAGCAAAGGCCAAAGACCGGGCAUACCAGUACCUGCAGGUGCCGCAGGACGAGUGGAGCGGGUACCCGGUGGGCAAGGACGGGGAGAUCCCAUGCCGGCGGAUGCGCAGCGGCAGCUACAUCAAGGCCAUGGGCGAUGAGGACAGCGCCGACUCGGACAUCAGUGCCAAAGUGUUGCCCAGGGCAGCCACGCGGCGAGACAGCUACCGCCGCUCCUCCAGCGCUGACCAGGCCAGGACCAACUGCUGCACGCCACCACGAAUGCUCCCGCGGGGACAGAGCUACGGGCGUUCCUUCACCACUGGCCAGAUCAACGAUGAGCUCAACCACCAGUUUGAGGCUGUCUGCGAGUCGGUCUUUGGUGAGGUGGAGUCGCAGGCCGUGGAGGCGCUGGACCUGCCCGGCUGCUUCCGCAUGCGGAGCCACAGCUACCUGCGGGCCAUCCAGGCAGGCUGCUCCCAGGACGACGACUGUCUCUCACUCUUCUCUAUGUCGGCCCCUCCUGGGCCACCCAUCACCAGCAGCAUCCUGAAGCCCAGCACUUCCUUCAGUUACAGAAAAGCUCCACCUCCCAUCCCUCCAGGAACCAAAGCCAAACCUCUCAUCUCCGUCACGGCGCAGAGCAGCACCGAGUCCACCCAUGAGAGCUACCUGCCCAGCGAGGUCACCCGCAGCCCUGCCUGGUCCAAAGAUGCCACGGCCCGCUGCAACUCAGCUGAGAGCCUGGAGAGCUCCAAGGUGACGGCUGUGGCCCUCGACCUGCCCCCGGUCCAGCCCCAUGCUGCUCCCAAGCCCUCCACGCUCAUCAUCAAGGCCAUCCCAGGCCGGGAGGAGCUGCGAAGCUUGGCUCGGCAGCGGAAAUGGCGUCCCUCCAUCGGCGUCCAGGUUGAGGCCGUCUCUGACUCGGAUACGGAGAGCCGGAGCCAGAGGGAGUUCCAUUCCAUUGGGGUGCAGGUGGAGGAGGACAAAAGACGAGCACGUUUCAAGCGCUCCAACAGCGUGACAGCGGGCGUGCAGGCGGACCUGGAGCUCGAGGGCUUCACCGGCCUGGCCGUGGCCACCGAGGACAAAGCCCUGCAGUUCGGGCGGCCCUUCCAGCGGCACUCCUCGGAGCCCGAGUCGGGCCGGCAGUAUGCCGUGUACAAGACGGUGCACACGCAGGGGCAGUGGGCGUACCGCGAGGAUUACCAGCUGCAGUACGACACGGUGGAGGUGCCCCGGCGGGACGCUUGGAUAGAGCGGGGCUCCCGCAGCCUCCCUGACUCUGGCCGCGCCUCCCCGUGCCACCGCGACGGGGAGUGGUUCAUCAAACUGCUGCAGGCAGAGGUGGAGAAGAUGGAGGGCUGGUGCCAGCAGAUGGAGAGGGAGGCAGAGGAUUAUGACCUGCCCGAGGAGAUCCUGGAGAAGAUCCGGAGCGCGGUGGGCAGUGCCCAGCUCCUCAUGUCCCAGAAGGUGCAGCAGUUCUACCGCCUCUGCCAGCAGAACAUGGAUCCCAACGCAUUCCCUGUACCCACUUUCCAAGACCUGGCUGGCUUCUGGGACCUCCUGCAGCUCUCCAUUGAGGAUGUCAGCAUGAAGUUUGGGGAGCUUCAGCAGCUCAAGGCCAAUGGGUGGAAGAUCAUGGAGCCCAAGGAGGAGAAGAAGGUGCCUCCCCCGAUACCAAAGAAGCCGCCCCGCUCCAAGGUGCACCCGGUGAAGGAGCGCUCCCUGGACUCGGUGGACCGGCAGCGGCAGGAGGCCCGCAAGCGGCUACUGGCAGCCAAGCGAGCCGCCUCCUUCCGCCAGAGCUCGGCCACUGAGAGCGCGGACAGCAUCGAGAUCUACAUCCCCGAGGCGCAGACCCGGCUGUGACCGCAGCCUCCGCUUUUCUACCCGGACUGGACGGCGCGGCCAUAGCUCACUGUGAUGAGGGGCCGCGGGGACACCCUGGGGCAGCUCUUGGCCCCACUCACAGCUUCUCUCUUUUCUAUCUUAGCCCUUUCGUGGAUCCAACGGCGGGUGAACGCAAAGCCCGGUUCUGCCCCGUCCCCUUGCCCCCCGCCCGCAUGCCCCUGCCAGCCUCUCCUGGGGUCCAGGGCUCUCCCCCCCUCUGCCCUUCCUGGGGCUGUGUCCCAGCUUUCUGUCCCCUUCCCACUCCCCGGCCCUUCUGCACACCCGCCCCUGCAUCCCAACCCAAAGAGAGGUGACCUUCGGCACCCAGCCCUGCUGGGCUGGAGGGGAGGGGGCUGCAGGCAGGCCCCCCCGCCUCUCUGUACUCAGUGCAAUCCCCUGGUGUGUGGUGGGGACAAGCCCCCAGCCCCUGCCCAGCCACAGCCCCCAGCCCUGCCCUGCUGGCACAAGGCUUUGAGAUGUGGUGGGGACAAAGGGGUCCCCCUCGCUGCUCCCUCCGCCUGCGGCUCAGGUGCCAUGGGGACCCAGGGCUCCCUCCCCUGUAUACAUAUAUAAAUAUAACCCAAGGAAUAAACCAGAAACUACACGUGACCAGCGCUGUGUCCUGCCUGGAGGGAUGGACCAGAGCAGCAGAUGCCCCCGGUCACGGUGAGCCGCCCUGCUUCCCUCGCACGGAGCAUCGCCACACGCUUCUCCCCUUCCCGCUCAGCCCUCCUUCCCCUCAGUCCAUCCCUCAUCUGUCCGUCCUUCCCUCCUGCCAGCCUGGAGUCCAGGAGCACCUCUGCAAUGUGACAGGGACAGGCCAUAGUCCCGCCGUGCCUUGCUGCAGGUGGGAGAUGCUUCCCCAGCGAGCCUGUUCCCACCUGCAGUGACAAGGAGCACACCUGUGCUUGGCACCAGUGGGUGGGACAGGAGUGUGAACAUGGCCAGCAGCUGAUCCUUGAGUGUGGAGCUAGAGACCCCCUCAGGGGGUCACCCCUUCCCCCGAGCUUCUGGAGCCCUGCGGGAUGGGACCCCAGGAUAGGGCUGUCAUGUACCUGAUGCCUCUCAGGGCCAAGGGACACCCUGGGAUGUGGCUGUUCCCAGCUCCCCCAUCACUGUGCACAGAGCCAGGAGCAGGGUGGAGAGUGCCCUCCAGGGCAGAGCAGCGUGGUGGGGCAGGAGGCUGCAUCUGCCUCAUCCCUGUUCUUAACCCCGUUCUCCAAGCAUCUUGUCCCCAUCAGUGUCACUUUUGGUGGCAGAGGGGGGAGGAGCCCACCCGCGUCCCUCACUCUGCCAUGCCAGCAGCCCCAUGCAGCAUCACCAGCCACCCUCCAGGGCAGGGUC